AUGAAUGAAUUUAACGAUUUCAAAUAAUUGCGUUAAAAUUACUCAAAUGCAUUGGAUAAAAAUAUUCAAAAACUUCAAGGUAGAUUAAAGGCUCUUAAUAAUAAUAUCAUAAACUCUACAUCAGCUUAAAAAAUAACAAUGACUAAGAAUCCAACAGAAGUGAAAUCAUUAAGAUCAUCUUGUUUAUUUACAGACAAUAAUUUGGCAUCACCAACUGACAGAUUUGAGAAUAGUCAAGUUUUUGCUAAUUUUAAUAGAUAUAACAGUCUAGAUGUUCCUUAAGCAAGUCAAGGGGUUUAAUAAAGUAAACAAUCACCAGAUGUUUUUGAAAAUAUUUUUUUGAAAUAAUCGUAUAUCCCUUAUGAAUAGAAAUAAAUAAAAUAAGCAAAUAAAACAAAGCAAAAAAAUACAUAGAGUAAUACUUUGAAAAUAACAAAAAAAGCAGAAAAAAAUCAUUAUUUGAGUAAUUAGAUGAAUAGUUAAUCAUUGUAAAAUAUAAAGAAAAAAGAUGAUAUUUCUUAAGAUAAAACAUUAAAAAUGAAUAUAGAGAAAAAGAAAAAUCUAAUUCCACCUGCUGCUUAACAAAAGACAAAAAAUACAUCACGUUCACCAUAAAAAUAAAGAGUAAAACAGAAUAAACAAUAAACUCCAUAAUAAAAUCUAUAGAAACCAUUGUUUAAUGAAAUUUUGAAAAAGUUUGUUUCAUCUAAAACUAGUUUAAGUAGAACAAUAUCUAAAUCUAAAUCUAAAUCAAAGUCAAAAUCUAAAUCAAAAUCUCCUGAAAAAGAAUCUACUUCUUUUAAAAAGAAACAUAAAUCAAGAGAAUAAGCUAUACAUCAUUAUAAUGAAUAAAUAACAUCUUAAUUUAGUCCAACAUAAGAGAAAUUUUAAAUAAGAAAUAAUAUAGACUACUCUCCAAGUCUUCUAAGAUAAGUAAGAACAUUGAGUAAAAAGAAAGGAAAAAGUAAAUAGAAAUAAUAAUAAUAAUAAUAAUAAAUAACUAAUCCUAGUCCAAAUAAAGUUUCAGAGAUACAUACUUUAAGAUUGAAACAUUUAUUAAGAGAUAAAUCAAAUAAAUAAGACAAAAAAAUAAGAACUUAAAUAAGAACUACCGAAUCUCCAAUUUAAAUUAAAGAUUAUAAAAUAGAUGUAAUUAAAUAAAAAGUAUUAUUAAUAGGUUCCAUAAAUUAAAAGUCUUGAAGACUAACCAAAAGAUGAAUCAAAACCAAGUUCUGUAAGAUUCAAUACUUUAUCAAUAUAAAGAUCUGAUGAAAAAGAUAAUAGUGUAUUAAUGAAUAUCUUUCAUGAAUUAAAGAAUUUAUCUGAAGAUUAGAUUUAAUAAUUUUAAUAAAUAUUAAAAUAGAUUAGAGUUGAAAGAAAGGAUGAAGAAUUAUAAACUUCAAUUUCUGAUUUAAAUUAAAUUGUAGGAAAUUAGAAAUCAAACAAUUAAUCAAAUUAAAAAAAUAAUAUUAUAGAAACUCAUUUGAAGAUGGCAUUAGAAGAAUUUCCUAAAAAAUCACAUGCAUCUUCACCUAUGUCAAAUAGCAGUAUUAUGUUUAAGAAAGAAUUCUUAACAAAUUCAUAAAUAGAAGAGAUAUGUUAAUAAAGAGAAAAGGUAUAUAAAAAUAAUAUAAAUUAGAGUAUAAAAUUAAGAGUUAAUAGUUAGAUGUAAGCAUUUUAGACAUUAUUACAAUAAUAGAAAAUAUCUCCAAGAUCAUUUCAUCAUAAUAAAUAAUUAGUUUAAUCUUGGUUUUCAAAAUAAGCUGAUUAAUUAUAGAAAUUCAAAUCAGAAUUAUAGAAAGUUUAAAAAUAAUCAAAUACUUUGUUAAAAAAGACUGAAUAAGAUGUGAUUAUUGUGAAGGACUUAAAAAAAGACUAGAUGCUAGUUUUGUCUUAGUUAUGUAUGUAUUGGCACUUUAAUAGUUAGAAUAAAUUUCAUUUGAUUAAUCUGAAAUUAAAGAUGAAAGUUUCUUAGAUUAAUCUGAUCUUUAAUUCAGUAUUCCAAAUUCCCCUAAAAUAGUUACUCCAAAUACCAAAUUUUUAAAUUAAAAUUAUGAUAAAAAUGAAAUGAAGAUUAUUUAAUAAUAAUCAAUAUCAUAAUAAAAGUAGAAUUAAUUUUCAAAACCAUUUUAGUAAGAUACAAAAAAAAAAGAUUUUGAAAUUUCAACAUUUAAUGAAGAAUUAUUUUUUGGAAAUUAAAUGACUAGACCUUUAUAAGUAUCUCCUAAUAAUGAAUCAAAAUAAAUAAUAACAGAUUAUAGAGAACCAUAGGUUUAAAUCUAUGGUUUGAAUUAAGCUUUGUAAGUAGAAGAAGAAACAGAAAAGAUUAUUGAAUAAUUAAUAGAUGAAGCAUCUAAUAGUUUGAAUAAAAUAGAAUUAAUUUAAUAAUAUGCUUAUUAAACUAAUGCUGGAAUACUUACAAAUUUGGGAGUAAUAAACAAUUUUAUAAAUUUAAUGUGUUAUGCAAUUUUAGGUAAAUAUUUAAAUAUAUGAAAAUAGAAAGUAAUUAGGAUGAAUUUCUUAAGAAAAUGAACACUCCGUAUGGUAGAAAACCCAUAAACAGAUUGAGAUAAUUACAUGGGUAGGAUGAUUUCGAAGAUCAUCAAGAAAUUUAACCACUUUACUAAAUAAGUUAUAAAAGAAAUCUAUCAUAGAACAAAUUAUGGAAACUCAAAAUUAGUAUGAAAAAAUUCACAACUAGGCCAUAUUUGAUGCUUUCAAUGAAGCCUUGAAUACUUUGAGACCAUUCUAUUAAGAUGAAGGAAUUCCUUAUCCAUGGUGUAUAGAAACCAAUAUUUCUUAAAGAGUUUGUUAUGGAAUAGAAGACAUAACGAUUAUUUUAGAGAAAGCAAGAUAGAAAGUAUUUGAUUGGUCAAAAACUCUGUGUGGUAUAUUAAAUAAAUAUUAUAAUUAGGAUUAUUAUCAGAUGAGAUACCAGUGAUAUCAGUUAGACAACUAAAUUAUGAAUAACUUAUAAUAAUGUAAGAAUGUCAAGCAAAUGAUUCAUUGGCUUACAUAAAUGAAGAGAGAAUAUAGAAUUGUCUAUAAAUAGAAGUAUAAUAUUAAGAGUUAUGAUUAGUUAUAAGAAGGAGAAAGAAAAUGGUCAUAAAUUACACAAGAAUACUCAGAAGUGUUGAUGGAGAUAGCAGAUUAUUUAUUUGAAGAAUUGACUGAAGAAAUGGUUGUUGAGGUUUUUAUGUAAUGA